AUGUCUCACAACACCUCCAAGAACAUCAACAUGGGCAACUACCACGACGGAACUGUCCCCACCACACCCAUCGCCCAGAACAACCAGGAUCAAAUGGCGGACGGCACUCAUCAGUCAUCCAUUCCCCCCCUCAACGUCUUCGACUUUAACACUCCCAUUGAUAGAGGAAUGCACACACAGAGCGCUCAUCAGCAAGGCCAGGACAGUAACAUGGCUCCCCCUUCGUACCUUGACGACCCUUUCAACCCGAUCCACUACCAGCACCUUGCUCACAUCAAGACCCUCGAGGACGUUUUUGACGACUAUCCCGUCGACUUCGAAACACCUCUCAACUUCGAGUACGCCGGCCACCCUGCGGUCCGCAACAUUUUCAACCCCAUCAACACAAUCGGCAACCUCCAAGGAGCCAUUGACGCGGCCGCAGCUAGGCGGAACGCGAUGUACUGCCUCACCCACCUCGGGAAUCGGCCUGGCAAGGAUACCAUCCUGGAAAUCUAUCGUCGCAAGGCUCUAGGAUACGGCACUUGCUCUACGGACUUCGCCUGGAUGCCCAAGGAGACCGGGAAGCGGUGCGACCGGUGCGUCGAGAUGAAGAGGAACCGGAUGGAGAACCGCGCGGCGGCGGCCGCGGCAGCACAGCCUGCUCAGCAAUCUCAGGAGGACGGAGCCGACACCAGCCAGGCCACCUCUACUGAUGACUCGAUGAUGUCGGGAGAAGCGAUUGCCAACCUCCAUAUCUGA